AUGGGUGGUGGUGGAGAAGAUGAGUAUGAAUCACUACCGACACAUAGUAUCCCGGUUCAUCUGGCGGCCGGAGCACUGGCAGGAGCUGUGGAGCAUUGUGUCAUGUUCCCGUUUGAUUCAGUCAAAACAAGAAUGCAGUCGCUGUGUCCGUGCCCUGAAACGAAAUGUCCAACUCCAGUGCACUCGUUAAUGAGUAUCGUCAAACGAGAAGGAUGGCUUCGACCGUUGCGAGGCGUCAACGCCGUCGCCGCGGGAUCUAUGCCAGCACAUGCUCUCUAUUUCACAGUUUAUGAAAAGAUGAAAUCAUUUCUAACCGGAAAUACUGCUGGACACGAGCAUACGUUGGCUUAUGGAGCUUCUGGAGUUGUUGCAACACUUAUUCACGAUGCAAUUAUGAAUCCAGCUGAAGUUGUUAAACAGAGAAUGCAGAUGGCUUAUUCACCAUAUGGAUCAUCGUUGGAAUGUGCAAGAUGUGUCUACAAUCGAGAAGGAAUCGCCGCAUUCUAUAGAAGUUACACAACACAAUUGGCAAUGAAUGUUCCAUUCCAAGCUAUUCACUUCAUGGGUUACGAAUUCUGGCAGCAGGUGCUCAAUCCUGAGCAUAAGUACGACCCAAAAUCUCAUUUAAUUGCGGGAGGACUUGCCGGAGGACUAGCUGCUGCUGUUACGACACCAAUGGAUUGUGUUAAAACUGUACUGAAUACUCAACAAGCAGCAGAAGCGGAUCCAUCAAAUCGGAGGAUUUUCUUACAAGCAAGAUAUCGUUAUCGUGGAAUCUCUGAUGCAGUGCGGACAAUUUAUUCUCAAAGAGGAAUUUCUGGAUUCUCGUGUGGAUUGCAAGCUAGGGUUAUAUUCCAGGUGCCUGCUACUGCUCUCUCCUGGUCCGUUUACGAGCUUUUCAAAUUCAUGUUAUCUUUCGAAGGAGGUCAUUCAAGCUGA